AACAACCAUAUUGUAAAACAACUUAUUGUUAAUCUACGCUUCAGUUCUGGGGAUAUCUAAAACUAAAUCAUACAUUACACUGGGUCGUGUCUGCAAGCGCCACGGUCAGCGGAUGAGUUAACUGUGUUGCAGAGAGUUUGUUUGUUCUCUCUCUUUUCUCUGAAAGAUUUACAGAAUAACCGUGCAGAUAUGAUCUUUUAAAAUGUUUAAAUUGCAAGUCAUCACAAACUGGAGUAAGCAGGACAAGAAAUGCAUUUUAAUUUACAGAUGUAUUAAGUGAUCUACUGUAUUAACCUCUGUUGGCCUCUGCUGGUGAGAUGUGAUUGCAACAACUUUGACAGUUGCUGACAUAAAACACUUACAACAGAAAAGUUUGGUGAAGAGGUGAUGUCAUCCUAUAACACGCAACCAGGUGAAAUAGUUGUUCAGUCACUGGUACUACUAGCUUCCAUCUUUUAUAGCCUAAAAACAGAACAAAAAAAACCUCUUUAAAAGUUCCUUUAUGUAGUUUGGAGGCUAUUAAUUCAGAAAUUAAAGGUAUAAGACAUGCUUACUCUAAUUGAUAUGGAAAUUUUAUGCCACUUGUAUUGUUAAUGCCAUGUUUUUUCUGAAAUUUUCCUCAAUUAGAGAUAUUACCAGGACAACUCUAUAUUAGAUGCUAAGCUGAUGCUAAAUGUGAGCUAAUUAUAAUACCAAUACUACAAUAAUAACUACAUAGAACAGCAACUACUAAUGUUAUUUUCACUACUACCCUAAAACUACAACAGUAGCCUAAUAAUAAACAUAAUAAUGCACACUAAAAACUCCUGGGUUAUAUCGUCAACGCAUUUUCUGGGUUAGUUGUGUUGGGUUAAAAUCACUGGGGGGUUUUUCCAGAGAGUAACCAUUUCCUGCAUUAUAUGGAUAAUAUUUUGACCCAAUUUCCUGGGUUGUUUGGGUUUCUGGGUUGUUUUUCCUCAAAGAGUAACCAAAUGUUCUGGGUUAUAGGGUUGGCUUUCUCUCUCAAAUUCAAAUUAGCUUUAUUGCUAUGAAUGUAUAGCAACCACCCCUAACCCUGGAACAGUCGUUUGUAAUAACCGUCGCUCUGCGCUCGAUCCGUUUUGGCCCGUGCAACUUCGUUGUGUAUUCAAGCCACUCAUCUGUUUCCAUGGUUUCUGUCAUUUAGUUCAUCAGCAUCACCUGUGUUUAGUUAAUUACCAUCAUCAUCUGUUCCACCUGUGUUCUGUUCAUCUUUGUUAGUAUUUAGUUCCUUCAGUUCAGUCAGUCUUGUUUAGUGUGUGUACAUCGUGCCUGUCUGUACCUUUUGGAGUUACUUUAUUAGUAAAAUGUUUGAAUUAGAACUUUGGACUCCUCUUUUUCUUCUUCUUCUUCUGACUGCAUCAUACCGUGACAGAUAUAAUGUAAAGCAAAAAUAAUAAUAAUAAAAAUAAUAGUUAUUUUUGACCCAACUCCUGGGUUAAAAAUUAAUUUCUGGGUUAUUUCAACACAGAUAUUGAGGUUGUUCUUUUGACCCAGAAGUUGGGUUAUAUUAACUACAAUGUCGGGUUUUUUUAACCCAACAUUUGUAUUUAACCCAGAAGUUGGGUCAAAAAGUAUAACCCAAUUUUCUGGGUUGAAAUAACCCAGAAAUUAGUUGGUCCCUUUUUAACCCAGGAGUUUUUAGUGUGUGGUUAAAAUAAUUUGGCUGCUUUUCUCUGCAAAAAUUUGCUUUUCUUUCUUGCUUUAAAUAGUUUUCAGCUGUCUAAAAGUUGGCUUGUCAGUAGUGUGAUGGAGUCGCCCCUGCCCCUACCCACACAUUCACACACACACACACACGCACGCGCGCGCGCAUACAAGCACGUACUUUCCCCCCCUUCCGACCCCCCUCGUGCGUCCCAUGCACGGGGACACCAAUGUGUGACAGUGGCGGAUGGCCUUGGCCACGCGGGACGCAGCCACUGCGCUUCGCCUUCGCGGGACAGGUUCCACACGCGCCCCUUUUUUUAGACUAGACUAGCCUCUCGUCUUUUUUUACUCUCUCUCUCUCUCUCUCUCUCUCUGUAAUUCUCUCUCUGUGUCUCUCUCUCCCUCCCCCCUCCUCUCCCACUAAUCUCACCUACUCCUCGUUUGGUCGCCUCGAGCCCACCCGUGGGAGUAAAAGAAAGAAGAAGAAGGAAAGCAGUGAGAGAAGAAGAAGCGCGCUGCCGGGAGGGAGACGUGUUUCAGAGGAGAGCGAUAUUUUCUUCGGAUCUUUGGUCGAUGGAUUUAUCACUGACAAUACAGCAAUAUUUUAGCUAGAAAAUCAAGUGAAGCAUGGGUGACUGGAGCUUUCUGGGGCGGCUGCUGGAGAAUGCUCAAGAACACUCCACUGUGAUUGGAAAGGUUUGGCUGACCGUCCUGUUCAUCUUCCGCAUCUUGGUGCUGGGCGCAGCAGCUGAAGAGGUUUGGGGUGAUGAGCAGUCGGACUUUACUUGUAACACGCAGCAGCCCGGUUGCGAGAACGUCUGCUAUGAUGAGGCCUUCCCCAUCUCCCACAUCCGCUUCUGGGUGCUGCAGAUCAUCUUUGUCUCCACACCCACCCUCAUCUACCUGGGCCAUGUGCUGCACAUUGUUCGCAUGGAGGAGAAGAGGAGGGAGAGGGAGGAGGAGCUCAGAAAGGCCGGACGGCACCAGGAGGACCAUGACCCUCUCUAUCACAACGGAGUUGGCGAUGGAGGAGGAGGAGGUGGUGGGAAGAAGACAAAGCCCCCAAUUCGGGAUGAGCACGGGAAGAUCCGGAUCCGAGGAGCGUUACUGAGGACCUACAUCUUCAACAUCAUCUUUAAGACUCUGUUUGAGGUGGGCUUCAUCCUGGGACAGUACUUCCUGUAUGGCUUCCACCUGAGGCCGCUCUAUAAAUGUGGCCGCUGGCCCUGCCCCAAUACUGUGGACUGCUUCAUCUCCAGGCCCACUGAAAAGACAAUCUUCAUCAUCUUCAUGCUGGUGGUUGCCUGUGUCUCUCUGGUCCUCAACCUGCUAGAGAUCUACCACCUGGGUUGGAAGAAAGUCAAGCAGGGGGUCACCAAUGAGUUUGCACCCGACAGUGAGUCGCUGCAGCUGGGUGCUGAUGAGCCUGGAGAUGCAGAGACGAUUCCUGAGCAGACCUCUCCGUCAGUGCUCGAGUGUUUGCCAGUGUAUGCCAGCGUGAACGUGGUGGGGGUUGGGGCAGGAGUAGGAGGAUCCUACAGUCCAAGUGAGGCCUCCCCUGCAGUAAUCUCCUUAAGCCCCGACACCGCCUCUGUGCCCGCCAGACUCAAGAUGGAUGGCACAGCGUUUCACCCAGAUGACUUCCUGUUGGAGGCCCUGCCCGCUUCUUUAUAUGACAGCAGUGAGAAAGGGAGUGUCGAGAGCCACGGGCAGCUGACGGCAAUGGAGCAGAACUGGAGCAACAUGGCACUGGAGCUCAACAAUCUGGAUAGGAGAAACUCCUCUUCCUCCUACCCUCCUCCUCUUCCCUCUCCUCCCACAUCCGCCUCCUCCUCUCCUCAGGAGGAGAAAACCCCACCACUUCCAGAAGGGGAGCAACACUCCAUGUUUCCCACACUUCCUCGUCAUACCCCUCUUUACCCCCUCGCACCAGAGGAGGCGCCUGUGGAUGAGGAAAAUACUGUCGCCACAGCACCUUGUGUGGUCCCACAUGACGACUUCACUGUGGUUACCAGGGCAGAGAUGCAUCAGCCUCCUCCUGCUGUGACAGACAUCCGGAAGCCAAGUCGGGCCAGCAAGAGCAGCUGCGUCCGGGCUCGCCCUGAUGACCUGGCAGUGUAGCUAAAACACACACACUCACACAUUCACACAACCAUGCAUACAUGCUGUGUACACAUAGAAAACCUACAUAAGCAACUUUUUCACAUAUGCACAACUGCAUAAAACCACACACAAGCAUGCCCUCAAGCAAAAGACAUGCCUGCAAGGAAGACGUGCAAAACACGUUACCGCAUGCAUUCAGCUGGAGGUGGCUGCUCAGAUUACUCUCAGAAUUAUGAACCUUAAGUAGGGAUAGAAAGAGUUUGGCCAGAUUACACUGAUAGCACCAUGCUGAUGCCUUACCGACAUAUUACUAACAAUGUCUACAUGAGCUUCUCAACUUCUAAGAUAUGAGUUCAGACAUGCUUUGCAGAAAUCUCCUGGCAACACAUCUGGAGUCAUUUUGGAGAACAGUGGAGAGAUGGCUGUGCACACUGUGAAUCCAUCUCUGACAAUGUUCUAUCAUUUACCAAGCUAAGCUAAUCAACUAGUGGCUCUAGCUCCAUGUUUGGCUAACAUGGCUACCACUUACUCUUCUGGCCAUACUCUAACUUUUCUUUGGCGAGGUUGGACAGGGGAGGUAUAUAGGCCCAUGAAAUGGGAUUACAAACAUACAUACUUGCAUACUUACACACACACCUACGGUUAUAUAUAUAUAACCAGCACAGACACAAAUAAGGAAAGGUUAUAGUGAUGAUGAUGAUGGUGAUGAUUGGACUAACUAAUACGUUUGGGAGCGUAGAGGCAGCAGUACUAUAUUCUUUUAUUUUCAUCUUACAUUAAUUUCUUUGCUGGGAGACAUCAGAGGAGAGGUUUGCACUUUUGUUUCUUUAUUUUUAUUUUUCUUGUGACGUGAUGGUGGAGCUGUGUGUCGUGUUGAAUCUGUCUGUCUGCGUGUGCUGCUCUCAGCCAGCCUGUAGUUUCAAUGAAGAGAGGGAUGCACUGACGUUAGGAUAGAGCAGAUGAGGAGAGCAACAAAGCAGUCCCACCCUGAGACGUAGUCCUUAUAGGCUUCACAGGCUGUGUGUGUGUGUGUGUGUGUGUGUGUGUGUGUGUGUGUUUAGGUACCCUAAUUUGUUUCAGUGUUUACAAAAUGAAAUCUCUGCAGUUAAAUCAGGGUAAACUAUAUAAAGUAUAU